ACGUCAAAAACACCGCUCAUUCAUUGACCAUAAGCGUCAUAUCAACAAAUUUUCAUUAAAACAAUUUAUACAUUCGACAAAACUGACGAUUGUUCGAUUAAUCAACAAGAGAUAUAAAUACAAAGAAGCAGAACAAAAAUUGACAGUGAACAAUUUGAAAGUUAGGAACGAUUUCAUUGGAUUUACUGCGUGUGUUUCAAAACCAAAAGGAGAAAGUUUCAGUUCAAUCACCGAUAUCUAGUGUUAUGGAAACAAUGGUGGCACCAAAGCGAAAUUGGGUCGAUAUGUUGACGGAGAUGCUUUAUAGCAUGGAACGAGAGACUAAAUUUACAUUAAGAGGCCUCAACGAUAAUUUCAAACAAUUGGGACUGUCAUUCGACGUGGAUUUUCGCAAUCAUUUCUUGCAAAUUAUUCUGAAAAGAGUUUCAAAAACAUACGAUCAAUUUACAAUGAAUUUGGAAUUUGAAGAGUUGAGAACUGGAUUCGACGAGAGUGCGAUGGAUGGAAGAGUGUUUUCUAUUGAUCAACUACAAAUGGCAAAUAGACCAUAUGUGGCAGAGAAACGAAAGACUCCAGAUGAGUCUGACGUCAAUGAACAGAUAUAUUUGAUAAAAAGGCCCAGGGUGGACGAGGGAGUAAAGAUGAAUGAAGAAUAUAAAAGUCAUUCGGAAGCGGAAGAUUUCGGUAGUGAACCAGAUGAAGACGAUGCCAUCGUUGAAUCGAAUAUUGUGAAUGCGGAUGACGAUGAUAAAUGUAUUCCAACAAUGGCACAAUCCGAUAUACACACUGCGAGGGAUAUGACUAAUGAACAAGCGAAAGUAGUGUCUCGAAAAGCAGAAGAACCGGCGAUAUUGAGUUCAAUCGCAACUAAUGCGGCAUCAAAGUCGAUCGUAGAAUCAGCAUCAGAAGUUCCCAUUGAUGUUGAUAACAUUGAAGAUGCUGUGCCUCAAAUACCAAAAUUUCCAUCGAAUACGAAGAGCAAAGGAGUUACCCGUACCAAUCCAAAAAUCGAAAGUGAAGUAAAGGCCAACGACCAUCAACCCAAAUUGCCACUUGCUCUGCGUCCAGCACCGGCUUCAGUGAAGGAAAUACGGAUGCGAGAACUAAAGGAAACGGACACCCAAAACGAGUUGAGUGCAACUAAAUCAGCAUUUACACAGGACGACAAUACACCGAAAGGUGCAUCGAAUGAUAGAUCAAAUAAAAGACGACCGCCAAAAAAAUUGUUUCGCAUCAGUAGCAACACAGAAAACCUGCCGAUGCAUAAAUGUAAUCAAUGCGAUUAUCAGAGUGAAUAUCUAAGUAAUCUAAAAAGACAUAUCGGAUCGCAUGAAAAGCCAUUUCGUUGCAGUAGAUGUACAAAGUUCUUUGCCGAUCAAGAACUUCUUGAUAUGCAUAUGAAAUGCCACGAGAAUCGAUGUAUAAAAUGUGGAAAGCGAUUCAGCAAAGCGGAGGCAUGCAAAGAACAUGAAAAACGCUGCAUUCAACUUCAACCCAAGAACGAUCAAUCGACUUCAUGUAGUGGCAACAAAGAAAACCGACCGAUGCAUAAAUGUGAGCAAUGCGAUUAUCAGAGUGAAUAUCGAAGUUGCGUGAAAAGACACAUGGUGAAGCAUAAGAGGCCAUUCAGUUGCAGUCGAUGUCUAAAGUUCUUUAAAGAUCAAGACCUUCUCGAUGUGCAUAUGAAAUGUCAUGAGAAUCAAUGUUCAAAGUGCAAACGAAAAUAUGAUGCAAAAUUGCCGAUUGAAGAGCAUGAAAAGCAUUGCAAUAGACGACAGUAUCAAUGUUAUUUAUGCAAAUAUCAUAGUUCUAGAAAAUUUUGUUUGUUUGCACAUAUGAGGAAAAAACACACAGGUGAUAUGCCGAUCAAGUGUGAACAGUGUAGCUAUAUGACUACAAUAAAGUUUUAUCUUGAUAGACACCAAAAGCGUGCUCAUCAAAAUUAGUCAUUUGUUCACAUUUAAAUUUUUAUUAGGAAUUAUAAGAAAUUGUAAAUGGACAAUGUUGGAAUUGGAAUUUAAUUCGACAUUUUAAAAGUGAAAUCAAGAACUUGGAAUAAAGCA